CACAAAUUAUGCUUGCCAGCAUAAAUUAAUGUGCUUAUUUAUUAAAUCGUCGAUCGACGAUGCAGUACUAUAACGUCAGUACAUGUUCGUUUCUUGCAUAUUGUCGGGUUAAUUAAUAUUAUACGUUUGAUUAAUAUUACAAUAAACUUUAAAAUAAAUUAAUGCUGCACAUAUAUUGUAUGUAUCGCAAUCAUCGUAGGCAUGAGUUAAUGCGCAUUACGUUUCCAAGUGACGUGAGACACAAAAAAGAUGCAGUAUUCUGCAUUUUUGUCUUUCAAAAAUGGAUUAUGAACUAAUUGAAUGGCUUGAAAAAGAAGAUUUAAUGAGUUGAUGGAAAUAUUUAUAAUUGAAGUGCGGUUGUGGUCGCGUUACCACGUUUACCUCUAUCGUAUCACGAGUUAUAAAGAACCUAAUCAACUUUCGUUUUUACGAGUCUCGAGGUCUUAGAUCAGCAUUCUGGGAGAAGCAUUCCGGGAGAAGCAUUCCUUAUACGUUACCAGAGUUAAAGAGAUAAAAAAACUAGAUUUGAUAGAAAGCUGAAUUACUUACCAAUUCCCUGAAACGACAAUCGAGUAUUGCAACAUUAAUUGAAAAUUAAACGCCAGUGAGAUGACGCGAACAAGCAAAGACUACCUUGAAGACAUGUUAGACAUGUCGAACGUUCAGGAUAUUGAUAGUAAUAAUUGUCUAAGCGAAAUUCCCCAAUUCUUCGCGGGAAGCAAUGUCCUAAUUACAGGUGGUUCUGGUUUCCUCGGCAUACUUCUAAUAGAGAAAUUAUUACGAUGCUGUCCGGACAUAGGGAAGCUAUACAUGUUUAUGAGAGCAAAAAAAAAUAAAUCAUCUGAACAAAGAUUCAAGGAGCAUUUUGAUAAUAUUAUUUAUGAUAGAUUAAAGAAAGAGCAGCCUAACUUUAACAAAAAAGUAAUAAUGAUAGAAGCUGAAUUAAGCAAGUUGGAUCUCGGAUUAUCAGAGGAAAAUCGAAAAUGUCUUUUAGACGUAAACGUAAUUUUCCAUGUGGCGGCAACUGUACGAUUUAAUGAAUCAAUUCGUAUCGCGGUGGACAUAAAUGUAAGAGGAACGAAGCAGCUUCUUCUCUUCGCUAAAGAAAUGCCGAAUUUAAAAGCAUUCGUCUAUAUAUCCACUGCAUUUUCUUAUUGUGUAAAUAAUUUUAUUGAAGAAAAAUUUUAUCCUCCACCUAUAGAAACGGAAAAGGUCUUAACUUUACUUGACAUCUUGGACGAUGAACAAUUGGACAAACUCGCGCCUACAUUGCUAGGUAAAUGGCCAAAUUCGUAUGCAUAUACAAAGGCGAUUGCUGAAUAUACUGUUAGACAAUACAGUAUCGGAAUUCCAGUCUGUAUCAUACGACCUUCGAUUGUAACAUCAACGGUUGAAGAGCCCGUGCCUGGAUGGAUUAACAAUUUUUACGGAGCGGUGGGCGUAGUUAUGGGCAGUGCUAUAGGUUUAUUGCGUACUUUACAUUGUGAUCCUGACAAAGUGGCAGAGAUAGUGCCCGCUGAUUAUGUCAUUUCGCAUUUCAUCGCCGCAAGUUGGGAUACCGCUAAAAGAAGAAAUACUCUAUUGAGCAUCGAGAAUGCUAAUCCGGAUGUUCCAGCAACUGAGAGGACACCGAUUUACAAUUACGUAUCGAUUUGCCAAAAUCCCAUCACCUGGAGAAGAUUUAUGAAAAUAAAUGAGAUAUAUGGUAUGCAGGUACCAAGUACACAUGUUCUCUGGUACUACAUGCUUUUCCUAAAUAAACAUAAAUUCGUGCACGAUAUUUGUGUCAUAUUUCUGCACAUGAUACCUGCUAUGAUAGUCGACACUGUACUCUUUCUCAGCGGCCGAAAACCAAUGCUAUUGAAAGCAUAUAGGAAGAUAAACACAUUUUCGUCUAUUAUAUCGUAUUUUUCGUCACAAGAAUGGCGCUUCAAUAACGAUUCCGUUGUAAAGCUCUGGAAUCGUAUGAAUCCAGCCGAUCGCAAGAUUUUCAAUUUCGACAUGGAUAAUUUAAAUUGGGAAUCGUAUCUCAAACACAUGAUACCUGGUUUGCGCAUAUAUAUAGCUAACGAUCCAAUGGAGACCUUAGAGCAAGGACGACAGAAAUACAGAAGAUUGAAAAUGUGCCAUUAUACUUUGUUAACAGUUUUAACGAUUUUAUUAGUAUGGGGCAUCAUAAGCUUAAUAAAUUAUAUAAUGUUGUAUUUCUUGUAGAAAUGCGUUAAAAAAUUUUUUAUUUAAUAGCAAUAAAUUAUUACACACACCCACACUCCUCCCCCCCCCCCACACACACACACAGAUAAUCAGAAGAAAUGUUGAAUAAUAAAAAUAAAUGUUGAUAAUCGUUUCACCUGUUACCUUCUACGCCUACCUUACGUACACAAUGAC